UUACAUAUUUUCAAAAUCUCUUGAAGGGAAGGGAAGAGGAAGUAACACUAACCCAAACCAAACCAACAAUAUUCACAUUCACAUUUGCAUUGUCCUUGUGUUGAAGGUUACAUGGUCUUUCAAUUCACCUUGCCGUUUCCUUUGCCUCUCUCUGCAUCUCAUCUCAUCUCAUCUCAUCAAUUCCUAUUCAUACCCGCUUCUCUCUCUCUUCCACAAUCUUCGUUACCGAUUCCAUUUCUUCUUCGCUACCAGGUACACCUCCCCUCACAGCUGGAAGCCAGUGGUGGAGACUCAGACAGAUGAAAUAGUGGUUGCAAAUUUAUAAUGUCUGGACUGAUUGAAGGACUUCCUGAUGCUGUUGCAAUUAGGUGCCUUGCACGUGUUCCGUUCUACCUCCACCCAAAGUUAGAACUUGUCUCUCGAUCUUGGCAAGCUGCCAUUCGUAGCCCUGAACUAUUUAAAGCUCGGAAGGAGGUGGGCUCAUCUGAGGAGCUGCUGUGUGUCUGUGCUUUUGAUCCAGAGAACUUAUGGCAGAUGUAUGAUCCUCUAAGAGAUCUCUGGAUUACACUUCCUGUUCUUCCCUCAAAGAUCAGACACCUUUCACACUUUGGUGCUGUUUCCACUGCUGGAAAGUUGUUUGUGAUUGGUGGUGGAAGUGAUGCUGUUGAUCCUCGGACUGGUGACCAAUAUGGUUGUUUUGCAACCGAUGAAGUAUGGUCAUAUGACCCUGUAGUCCGGCAGUGGUCCCUUCGGGCUUCAAUGCUUGUUCCCCGUUCUAUGUUUGCAUGCUGUGUUCUUAAUGGGAAAAUUGUUGUGGCUGGGGGCUUCACUAGCUGUAGAAAAUCAAUAUCUCAAGCAGAAAUGUAUGACCCUGAGAAGGAUGUUUGGAUCCCAAUGCCUGAUCUUCACCGCACUCAUAACUCAGCCUGUUCAGGAGUAAUGAUUGGUGGAAAGGUGCAUGUACUGCACAAGGAUAUGUCAACGGUUCAAGUUUUAGACAACGCAGGUGCAGGGUGGAUCGUUGAGGAUUGUGGGUGGUUCCAAAGUCCAAUGGCGGUUGUCCAGGAUGCACUUUAUGUGAUGAGCCAUGGACUUAUCCACAAGCAGGAGAAAGACGUGAGAAAGGUUGUAGGUUCAGCAUCCGAGUUUCGUAGGAGAAUUGGGUUUGGAAUGAUUGGCCUAGGUAAUGAGUUAUACGUGAUUGGAGGCUUCAUUGGCCCUGACAGAUUGAACUGGGACCUUAAGCCAUUAUCCGAUGUUGAUGUUCUCACACUUGGGAAUGAGAGACCAACUUGGCGCCAGGCAGCCCCAAUGACACGGUGUCGCGGUACCAUUUUUGGUUGUACACUGCUGAGAAUUUAGACCACCUCUCUCAAUCUAGGCUCUCGUGUAUUUUGUGCUCAUAAGGGAUUUGGAUCCCUUCAACUAGACAAGGACAUUUGUGUUUAUUACAUGCGGUGAUGAGGUUAGUUUCUGUAUCUGUUCUGGUUGAAGCAACACAGGCAAGGUCCACCAGAAAACAGGGACAAAUAGGUGCUACUCUACCUUGCAUUCUAUCACUUUAGCUGUUACCAUUCUCUGUUCUUUUUCUCUUUUCUUUUCUGAAGGUAGCUGAGAGGGAUUAUGUUCCAAAACUUCAUGAUCUUGUAGUUUUGUUAAUAUGGAAAUUAAAUUAGCUAUUAGAUGGGAUUUACAUUCUUUCAUCUGCUAAUUUAUCUCUCUAAUUAGUGAUAGAAGGUUAGUAUACUAUUUAAGUUGUAAAACUUAGGGUUUGUACACCCUGCUUUUGUUAUGCUUGUAUUUCCCUUAUAAAUUCUCAAAUGUUUUUGAGGUGAGAAAAGAUCUUACAAGUUACAA